UGCUUCCCUGGCUUUGCAUGCGCCCAAGCCUCCGCUGAAGGAAGCCUUUUUGCGCCCGCUGCUCACCAGCAUGGGGCGGCUCAGCCGAGCCCUUCUGAGGGAGUAUGGCAGGUUUAUGGAUGACCUUAGGAUCUACGUGAAAGGAGGAACUGGUGGAAUGGGCCAUCCUCGAUUAGGUGGGGAAGGUGGGGAAGGCGGUGAUGUCUGGUUGGUAGCUCAAAAGAAAAUGACAUUGAAGAGACUUAAAGAUCGAUAUCCAGGCAAACGGUUUGUAGCAGGAACAGGAGCCAACAGUAGUCUUGCUACACUGAAAGGUACUAAGGGAAAAGAUUGUGAAGUGAAAGUGCCUCAAGGAAUAUCUGUCACAAGGGAUGAUGGGAAAGUGAUUGGUGAACUUGACAGAGCAGAAGACAGAUUGUUGGUGGCACGAGGAGGUGUUGGUGGAUGCAUGGCGACAAAUUUCUUGCCCUCCAGAGGUCAGAGGCUCAUGAUUCACCUUGAUCUCAAACUUAUAGCAGAUGUUGGCUUAGUUGGAUUUCCAAAUGCAGGAAAAUCCUCUUUGCUAACCAAGAUUUCUCAUGCUACACCUCAAAUAGCAGACUAUGCCUUUACAACAAUAAAACCUGAACUUGGAACAGUGAAGUAUGCUGAUUUUAAACAGAUCACAGUUGCUGAUCUUCCAGGACUGAUUGAAGGUGCACAUGCAAAUAAAGGAAGAGGACACAAGUUUCUGAAGCAUGUGGAAAGAACCAGACAGCUCCUCUUUGUUGUUGAUGUAGCUGGGUUUCAGCUUUCUCCUACAAGCCCAUUCAGAACAGCCUUUGAAACUGUAAUACUACUUGCAAAGGAGCUGGAACUAUAUAAAGAAGAACUUCGAACUAAAUCUGCACUUCUGGCUGUUAAUAAAAUGGAUUUGCCCAAUGCGCGAGAAAAAUUGAAUGAGUUUAUGGAACAACUGCGGAGUCCUCAAGAUUAUAUGCACACUCUUCCAAAAAAUAUGAUUCCUGAAGUCACUGUCAACUUCAAAGAGAUCAUCCCUAUAUCUGCACACUCUGGUGAAGGAAUUGAAGAACUGAUCAUGUGCUUAAGAAAAGUACUAGAUGAAGAAUCUGAGAAGAAGAUUGAAGAUUAUCAGAACCAGCAGCUUCAUGCACUGAGGAGCUCAGAAAUAUAGCAGUUUCUUAACACACACAAACUAUUAUAUAAUAUUAAGACAUGAAUCUUUGCAGGCCUCUGAACACAACUGAGUUUGUGGCAAGCCUGUACUUACACACACUUUCAGGUCAAUCAUUUCAGAAAGAAAAGAGAGUAUGUUAUUUUCCAGUUUCUGUAAAAUACAGAAAAGUGUAUCAUGAUAUUUUACGACAAGUAUUCAAGUUGCACAGCCCUCUCAAUUAAGUUGUAGAAUAUG